GGGCUGCGGCGGCCGCGGGUGUCGGGGCGAGGCGCGGCGGGCGCGCGGGAACCAUGACAGAAGAUGACCGAGGCGGCGCUGGUGGAGGGCCAGGUCAAGCUGCGGGACGGCAAGAAGUGGAAGAGUAGGUGGCUGGUGCUGCGCAAGCCGUCGCCGGUGGCAGACUGCCUGCUGAUGCUGGCCUACAAGGACCGCUCGGAGCGCGCGAGGGGCCUCCCAGAGCGCAGCAGCCAGACACUGGAGCACAUCUGCGGCCUGGAGCCCGGGCUGCCCUACGAGGGCCUGGCCCACACGCUGGCCAUCGUCUGCCUGUCGCAGGCUGUCAUGCUGGGCUUCGACAGCCGGGAGGCCAUGUGCGCUUGGGACGCCCGGAUCCGCCACGCACUUGGCGAGGUGCACAGGUUCCACGUGACAGUGGCCCCAGGCACCACGCUGGAGAGCGGCCCCGCCACCCUCCACCUCUGCAACGACGUGCUCGUGGUGGCCCGGGACGUCCCCCCAGCCGUCACAGGCCAGUGGAAGCUGUCCGACCUCCGGCGCUACGGGGCCGUGCCCAACGGGUUCAUCUUUGAAGGCGGGACCAGGUGUGGGUACUGGGCCGGGGUCUUCUUCCUGUCCUCGGCGGAGGGCGAGCAGAUCAGCUUCCUGUUCGACUGCAUCGUCCGAGGCAUCUCCCCGACCAAAGGCCCCUUCGGGCUGCGGCCGGUUCUCCCAGACCCCAGCCCCGGGGGACCUGCCGCCGGGGAGGACCGAGUAGCCCAGGAGGCCCUGGAAGCGCUUCAGCUGGAGAAGCGGCUCAGCCUCCUCUCCCACCUCGGCCGGCCAGGCAGCGGAGGGGACGACCGCAGCCUGUCCAGCUCGUCGUCAGAAGCCAGCCACUCGGACGUCAGCGCCGGCAGCCGGCUCGCGGCGUGGCCAGAGCAGCCCUCGUCCUCGGCCGGCACGUUGCAGGAGGGGCCCGGGCUGGCGGCGGCCCCGGCCCUGGGGGAGGCUGCGCUGGGCGCCUCGCGACCCCCUCCCAAGCCCCUGCGGCCGCGGCAGCUGCAGGAGGUGGGCCGCCAGAGCUCCUCGGACAGCGGCAUCGCCACGGGCAGCCACUCCUCCUACUCGGGCAGCUUCUCGUCCUGCGCAGGGAGCAGCCUGGACGUGUGGCGUGGCAGCGACGAGCUCGGCUCGCUGCUCAGCCUGCCGCCGGCGGCGGGGGCACCCGAGCCCAGCCUGUGCGCCUGCCCGCCGGGGACGGCCGAGUACCAAGUGCCCAGCGCCCUGCGGCCCCAUUACGACACGCCCCGCAGCCUGCGCCAGGCCCCCAGGGACCAGACCCCGGCUGCGCAGGGCGGCCCGGAUGGCAGUGCAGCUGGGGACCCAGGCGGCCAGACGCCCACAGGCUGUCCCUCCGGCUGGCUGGGCGCAAGGCGGCGGGGACAGGAGACAGAGGCGCCAGGCAGCCAGGCCCCCCGCACACCCUGGGAAGCAGGCAGCCCCCACGUGGGGCCCCCUCCGGCUUUCUUUUCCACGUGCCCACUCUGUGGAGGACUCAAGGCAGCAGCGGCCUCGCCCCCCGGGCCCCCGGCACCGGCCCCCAGGACUCACAGUGAUAUCCCUGCAGGGGCCCCGGGGCCCGAGGCGCCCCCCUACGCGAACCUCCCCGCCAGCCCCGCGCCCAGGACGCAGCUGCACUACCUGGGCCUGGAGCUCCCGGAGGCCGGCGCCGGCGUCCGAGGGACCGGUGCCGCCCGCUACGCACAGAUCGACCUGGCGGCCACGGCGGCGGCCCACAGGGCGGGCACCCAGCACGCACAGGCCCGGGAGGAGCGGUUGGCCGAGCUGGAGCCCCGGCGGAAGGGGGUCCCCCGCUGAGCGGCCCUCGCCCUGCACGGCGGCCGCGCGAUGGAG